AUGUCAGGAAAGAAUCAACUUCCAGUUCAUGUUCGUGCUACUGAUGCUAUACAUAGAUUAACAGUAUUAGGUCUCGUUGGUUUCUGUGUUAUUGGUGGUGGUUCAAUAAUAUUUAAUGUUUGGGCAAAUUCAGAUUAUUCACCUUGGAAUAAAAAGAAAUUAAAAUUUGAACAAGAACAAUAUUAUGAAACUAGAGCAGAUGAAGAAAAAUAA